AUGUCUGAUGAAGUUUUUAGCACAACUUUGGCUUAUACAAAGAGUCCAAAAGUCACGAAAAGGACUACUUUCCAGGAUGAGCUAAUAAAAGCAAUUACAGCCCGCUCAGCCAGGCAAAGAAGUUCUGAAUACUCUGAUGACUUUGACAGCGAUGAGAUUGUUUCCUUAGGUGAUUUUUCUGAUACCUCAGUAGAUGAAAAUUCAGAUAAGAAAAAAAUGAAUGAUUUCCAUUUAUCAGAUGAUGAAGAAAAGAAUUCCCCAAAACUAUCUUUUUUGAAAACCAAGAAAUCAAACAUUGACAUGACAAAAGAUGAGCCAGCUUUCUCUGCCAAAAAUGAUGAGGACAUGGCACCUGAUGGUUGUGGAGACGUGGUUGGAGCUCCCUUAUCUGAAUCUCAAAGUGAAGACCAGGAAAUCGAAAAAGACAAAAUUAAAAUGAAACCUAAACCCAGGAUUCUCCCAGUCAAAAGCACAUCUUCAGAAAACAACAGCAGCCUUGAAGCAGACAACCACUUCAGGCCUUCACCUCGGCCACGGAGCAUGUUGAAAACACACAGCCACAAGGAGGAGAAAGAUGGGCCAGGAGAAGAUAAAACAACUGCUCUCCGUGAAGAAUUAGAGCCACAUUCUGCACCUUCCCCCCUCCCAGUGCUAAAUGACGGACAACUAGAAGCUGAGAAAAAAGCAUUCUCGGAAAACCUAGAUCCUGAGGAUCCAUGGUUAACAAGUCUAUCAUCGUCAUCUCUUAAAGAAAGUCUUGGAGAUUCCUUAUCACCAGGAUCUGGGGAAAAAGCAUCCAUACAAGAUCAGAAUGAAGAACUUACUGAAAACCACAAUUCCUUGAAAUCAAAUGAAAAUGAAGAGAAUUCAUUUUUGAUAGACUUUGUUACUACUCCACAUGAGAAAUCCAAGGAAAGUCAAGUGAUUGCUGAUGACCUUGAAGAAGAAAAGGAGAAAGCUGAACUGAUCAUGAAUGAGUUGACAGCUGAUCCACCGCUAUUGAAAUCUCAGAGUAUCGUAAUAUCCACUGAUGCAACUGCGUCUUCAAAGAAAACAAUUGAAGACAGAAAUAUGAAGAAUAAAAAAUCAACAAAUAAUAGAGCAUCCAGUGCAUCUGGCAGAUUAAUGACCUCUGACUUUUUAAAGAAAUCUAGUUCUAUAAGGAGACCACCAUCAGCAUCUACCUCUUCUCACUAUUUAGGGACUUUGAAAGUCUUGGACCAAAAGCCCCCACAGAAACAGAACCUAGAACCUGAACGAGCAGAUAACAUAAGGGCAGCUGUUUAUCAGGAGUGGUUAGAAAAGAAAAAUGUGUAUUUACAUGAAAUGCACAGAAUUAAAAGGAUUGAAAGUGAAAACCUAAGGAUCCAAAACGAACAGAAAAGAGCUGCUAAGAGAGAGGAAGCAUUAGCAUCAUUUGAGGCCUGGAAGGCUAUGAAAGAAAAGGAAGCAAAGAAAAUCGCCGCCAAAAAAAGACUUGAGGAAAAAAACAAGAAAAAAACCGAGGAAGAAAAUGCUGUGAGAAAAGGAGAGGCACUACAGGCGUUUGAACGAUGGAAAGAGAAAAAGAUGGAGUAUCUUAGAGAGAAAAAUAAAAAGGAGAAAGAAUACGAAAGAGCGAAGAAGCAGAAAGAGGAGGAAACUAUUGCUGAGAAAAGGAAAGAUAACUUAACAGCUGUAGAGAAAUGGAAUGAAAAGAAGGACGCCUUUUUCAAAGAAAAGGAGAAAGAGAGAAUAAAUGAGAAAAGAAGAGAAGAACUGAAAAAAGCAGAGAAGAAAGAUAAAGACAAGCAAGCUAUUGAUGAAUAUGAAAAAUGGCUGGAAAAGAAAGAAAGGCAGGAAAGAAUUGAACGAAAACAGAAGAAACGUCAUUCCUUCCUUGAAAAUGAGGCACUUCCUCCCUGGAGCCCUCCAAGUCGAACUGUGUUCUCAAAAGUGUUUUGA